AUGUUGCGCAUUGCAGUAUUGUUGUUAUUUCUGUUUUAUACAAUGUUUACAAUUGUCAGUGCCGCUCCCACCAAUUCUUACUUACGCGGACCACAUUACACAAUAAGCAACAGCCCUGAGAAUGGCAAGCAGCCGUACAUCGAGGUUCACAACGCGACGUAUCAUGGCGUCGGGCCGAGGGAAGAGGCUCGUGCCAUGUGUUCUGUUAAAACACAUGAGAUCAACGCCACUGCAAACGCCACCAUCACUAGAAGGCUGCAUGGUGUUGUAACUUCAAGAGAGCUUCAUUCUUCAAUCCAACGUUUGGAAGUGAUCAUUUUCGGUCAGAUGCAGCAAUUGUGGCAGAGUUUGGAUGCAUUGCGUACACAAAUGGAGGGAAAUUCUUAUGCAUCGUAUCCUGAUCGUCGGAUCGUCUCCUUUAGAUAUAGGCCUAAUGGAAUGUAG